CCUCUGCCCAAAUCUCUCCUCUGCGCAACGAUUCAGUCGUAAGUCCACGGCGACCAUGGCAGCAAAAUCGCCGCUCAAAGAACCUCCGACUCCGGUGCCGGCACAGUCCUCCGAUACCCAACUCAAAUUUUCCUCCCCCAAUCCCACUACUCCUCCAGUCAAGCCCGAAAUUUCCCCAACCACCGCCGCCAAUUCUACCCCCGCUGCAACUCCCCGUCCCUCGUUACUUCACCCCUCGCCGGAUGCUGGCGUCGUUCACGUCCCAAGCUACUCCAGGUGGUUUUCCUGGGAAAACAUAGACGAAUGUGAGAUUCGCUUCCUUCCGGAAUUCUUUGAUUCUCGCUCACCAUCCAAGAACCCUAGGGUCUACAAGUACUAUAGGAACUCUAUAAUUAAGCAAUUCCGGGAGAAUCCUGCGAGAAAGAUCACAUUCACAGAGGUCAGGAAGACUUUGGUGGGUGAUGUGCUUUCGGUUCGAAGGGUUUUCGAUUUCUUGGAGAUGUGGGGGCUCAUCAAUUACUCCACCUCUCCUGCAACCAGGCCCUUGUCGUGGGAAGAUAGUAAAGAGGGCAAGUCCAGCGGGGAUGGGGCUUCACUUGAAUCUUCUGCUCAUGCUCAUGCUCAUGCUCAUGCUCAGGCUCAACCUAAAGAGACUGUUAGGAAAUUGUGUAGCGGUUGCAAGUCUGUUUGCUCCAUUGCUUGCUUUGCUUGCGACAAGUAUGACCUGACUCUUUGUGCUCGAUGCUAUGUUCGGGGGAACUACAGAGUUGGUGUUAGUAAUGCAGAUUUCAGGCGGGUAGAGAUCAGUGAAGAGAUAAAGACAGAUUGGACCGAAAAAGACACUUUGCAGCUACUAGAAGCUAUUAUGCAUAAUGGUGAUGACUGGAAGAGAGUUGCACAACAUGUCGGUGGUAGAAGUGAGAAAGAUUGCAUCACUCACUUUAUUAAGCUUCCCUUUGGGGAGGAAUUUGUUGGCUAUCCAGACUCAAAUGAUGGUGAAUAUGGAUCUGAAAGUAAUAAAAGAAUGCGGCUCACACCUCUUGCUGAUGCAAGCAACCCAAUAAUGGCUCAGGCUGCUUUUCUGUCAGCUAUAGCGGGUGAGGGUAUUGCGGAAGCCGCUGCUCGAGCAGCUGUGGCAACUUUGUUUGAGGAGGAGAAUAGAGGAAGUAAAUGGAAUGAUAGAUCUCUUUGCAGAAAUGCAAAACAAGAAGUUGAUGCUGCAUCUAAUGGUGAGACCAACCAAGACACACUAGAAAAAGUUAAUGAAGAUGCUAAUGCAGUUAUCGAGAAGGAAGAGCAGGAUAUGGAAAGAAAAAUUUCAGGAAUCAUACAAGUCCAGAUGAAAGAGAUCCAAGAUAAGAUUCUUCGCUUUGAGGAGUUUGAUUUGCAGAUGGAGAAAGAAUGGCACCAAAUAGAGCGAAUGAAGAGUCUGCUUUUUGCAGAUCAGCUCAACCUUUUAUUUCAUAAAAGUGCAGUCUUGAGAACCAAAGACAGGAUAGAGGAGAAUGGAAAAACAGAUGUUGCUCAAUAGUCAAAAUUUUUGAAUGCUAUGGAAACAUUAUGUCUGCAAUAUUCAUGGUUUUUUAAUUUUCCCUUUUGAAGAGAUUAUGUAUGGUUGGUUGUUGAUUGUGAUGAAGAUGAACAUAGCAAAUUCAUUUUCUCUAGACAAAAUGUUAAUUUA